AUGCCCUUUCUAUCUAACCAUCCCUGUGACUCCACCAGCUUUUCAGAGUUUUACGAGAGUGAUGAUAUCAGGGACGCUUUCUACAGCAAGCCCAAUACCAUCUUCAAGCGUGACUACGUCGUUGGGCUCAACAGAGAGAAGAAGGCCUGUCUUCAGGCCGAGAUAACCAAGAAAUACAACUCUCAAAAGACAGGACGGCUAGGCUACCUUCCUGUUGCCAAGUGGACAUGGUACGCCAUUCGGUACUGUGAGCUCUCUAGUCCCAUGAAUCUCCUUGCCGGUAAAGAGCUCUGCUACCGCAAGCCCCCCAACAAUGAAAACGUUGCCUUAGCCCGACCUACUGUUUCCUUGAAACGCAGCAAGCGGGUCAAGCGAAACAAUCGACCUGGCCGUCUGAGAGCCAUUGCUGUUAUGAUGGCCGAAAACAAGCAGCUGGAACGGGACUACACACUCUUUUCUCUGCCUGUGAACCUCUAUCAUUUAGUCGAGCUGGCCAGUGCACAUGAAGAGACAAUCACCAAAACUGCGGCUCAGCGAAAAGUUAUCAAAAGAGAAAAAGAAUUGCAACUCGAGCGAAAACAAAUGGAACACCUCCGGUCCUCUAAAAAGGAGUUCCUUGUUGAAGGUAUGGCCUAA